AUGUCGGCGCCCAAGAUCCUCCUGUGCAGGCGCAUGCCCACCGAGCUGCUCCAACAGGCCGAGCAAGCAGGCAAGGUCCAGAUCAUCGCCCGGCCUCAGGAGGCAGACGAGGGGCCCGCUCCCAGAGACUGGCUGCUCGAGAACCUCAAGGGCGUCGCCGGAGCCAUCAUCAUGCUCAGCGAAAAGGUCGAUGACGAGUUCCUCGACGCCGCUGGACCUUCGCUCAAGGUCAUCUCCACCAUGAGCGUCGGCUACGACCACAUCGACGUCGCCGCCGUCAAGAAGCGGGGUGUCAGGAUCGGUAACACGCCCCAUGUCCUCGAUCAAGCCGUCGCCGAGCUCACGCUGACCUUGGCGCUGAUGACGACGCGGCAGAUCGCCCACGCUACCCGCGUCGUGAGGGAGGGCGAGUGGUCAAAGAACCCCUGGACGCCCCUCAGCUUCUGCGGCCCUUCGCUCCAGGGCAAGACGAUCGGCUUCGUCGGCUUCGGCAACAUCUCGCAAAGCCUCGCCCACCUCCUGGUGCCGUUCAGGCCAGCUCGGCUGCUCUACACAACGUCCAAGCCCAAGCCCUUCGACCUCGGGCAUCCCGAUUUUGCACCGCUCAAGCGCGGCAACUUCCCAAUCGACCGGAUCGAGGUGACCAACCAGCCCGAUGCGCUCGAGCUGGCCGCCCAGUCCGACGUCGUCUUUGUGCUGGCCAGCCUCAACCCGUCCACGAAGCACAUGGUCAACGACCAGUUCCUCUCUAGGAUGAAGUCGACCGCCUACAUCAUCAAUGCGUCCCGCGGCCCGCUCAUCGACACCGAGGCGCUGGCCCGUGCCAUCUCGAACGGCCAGAUUGCCGGUGCUGGUCUAGAUGUGCUGGAGAACGAGCCGAACAUCCCGGCCACUCACCCGCUGCUUCAGCCCGACUGCGCCGAUCGCGUCGUGCUGCUGCCCCAUAUCGGAAGCGCCACCAACGAGGCGCGGGUCGCCAUGGCCGACCUCACCGUCAACAACCUGCUCGGCGCCCUCGGUCUGCGGGCCGAGGCGGGCAAGGAGAAUGAAAUGGACGCCGAGGUGUAG